UCCGGUUGGAUCGUGUCAGAAGUGAUGCCGCCGCCGCCACGAAAUGAACAGAAGGCUCCCCUGGUGGGGAAGGCAGAGGCUCAGCCGGGCCACCAGACCCCGCCAGCCUUCCAUCCAGCUGCAGCUGUGACACCGCCAGCCCCAAACGAAGUCCCCGAUGCCAAGACUCCCACCACCCCUGUCUCGGAAGCAAGUUGUGCCCUCCAGACUCGCCAGCCCAGCCCCCUGCCUGCCGUCCCACUUCCGGAAGCAGAGAGCUUGCCCCCUAAGAGUGAUCGCCCCCCACCCAUUGGAGCCCCGAGUCCGCCUCAAAGAGAGGAGAAGCGUGGCAGUGCCCAGCUGCCCCCCAAGAGCGAACAGCCUCCCCCUGCCCAGGGUUCACCCACUCCCAGGGCAAAACAAGAUUCUCAGAAGGCCCAAGCGAGACACAGGAUGGCCAGGGAGCGUCGUGAAGAACGAGCCAAACAUCUGGGUAAGAAGGAGGCCAGCUAA